CAUGAAUGAAAGAACCCUCAAGGGAUGCACUGGAGAAUGGGAGGAUGUGGGAGAAAUCACGAAGAGACAGAAAAGUUAGAAAGGGAGAAGGAACUCUCACAUUCUUCCUCUAUGCCAGCAUGGGGUCCCUGCCAUGAGAAGACAGUACUCCAUAAACUUCACCAAUGUGAGUUCUUCACAUGGGCUACAGUUCUUCACAAGUCCUGCCUGCAAACCAUUCUAGCACGGGCCAGUCACUCUCACAGUCACAGGUCCUGACAGAAGCCUGAUCCAGCAUGAGCUUUCAUGGGGUCACCUGGAACACCUACCUCCCCUCUUCACUGAGAUUGCUGUCUGCAGACACUGACACAUUCCUGCCCUGGAAAUCCUGAGGCGUCUCAAUCUCAGCACUCGGAAGAAGCUUCCAUGAAGAAAUGUCUAUGACAUGAGCUAGGAAAUGAAAAGGUGGCAACGCGGAAAACAAGCGUCCAGCCCAUUCAUUAGCUGGGAUGUUUUCCAUACAUCAUGAGCACCUUUAGGAAAUUACCACUUUCAUAGAAGCCACCUCUGGGCCUGGGGCAACUCAGAGCAACCAUAAAAGCCAGCUCAACUUCAUGCUCUCUCAUCCACUUCUCCUGCCUCCUUCUCCUUGGGACCCAGGUGCAUCUCCAGCCCCAAGCCAUGUCCUGCUACAGCCCGUGCCGGCCCUGCCAGCCCUGUGGCCCCACCCCGCUGGCCAACAGCUGCAAUGAGCCCUGUGUCAGGCAGUGCCAGGACUCCACCGUGGCCAUCCAGCCCUCGCCUGUGGUGGUGACCCUGCCUGGCCCCAUCCUCAGCUCCUUCCCCCAGAACACCGUGGUGGGAUCCUCCACCUCUGCUGCUGUUGGCAACAUCCUCAGCUGUGACGGAGUGCCCAUCAACUCUGGGGGCUUUGACCUCUCCUGCAUCACCAACCGCUAUGGUGGCAGCAGAUGUCGUCCCUGCUAAAGCCACUGGUGCAGCCCUCAUGAGGACCCCCAGGAACCCAGAAGCUGAUGCUGGACUGAGGACAGAGCUCCUGGCCAUCAAAUUCAGAGGUGCUGAGCAACCAAUGCUGCCCUUCUGAAGGAGGGCAAGUGGAGCUCUCUGAAACCAUGGCCACUGUUUGCUUUCUCUGCAUUACUCUCUCUCUUGCUUCCAUACUUCUGGACUGUAAGACUUUCAGAGCCUCUCUGGGGGAUCUGCUAACCCCUGCCUACUGUGAGGCAGGCAGAUGGAUGCCCUGUUGGCUCUCCAGUGGCUCUCCAGUGUCUGUGCCAAAGCGGGCACAGACUUUCCGUGGUUACAUGUGGUCUCCCAGCACCACCAUCAGUAGCCUCCUCUAUAAGGGAACUAAUU